AUGCAAUUCAAUUCCAGACGGUCCACCGUUUACUCUCCACGGGGAAUUGUUUCCUCGUCCCAGCCGCUUGCCAACGAGGCCGGCCUCCAAAUCCUCCGCGCAGGCGGCAAUUGCGUGGACGCCUGCGUCGCCGUGGCCGCCGUGCUGUGCCUCGUCGAGCCGAUGUCGACAGGAGUCGGCGGCGACGCGUUCGGGCUGUUUUACGACGCAGAAACGGGCAAAGUAUCUGGUAUGAACGCAACAGGCCGCUCGGCAGCGGCCCUGAGCAUCGAGUGGCUGCGGAAACACCACCCCGACCACAUAUUGUCCACCAUGCGUCUCAAAAAAGACUCCGUCUACGCUGUCCAGGUGCCGGGACUCGUGGCCGGCUGGUGCGACGCCGUGGAGCGCUGGGGCAGCGGGAAACUCACGUUGGCCGAGAUCCUCGCGCCGGCCAUCGACCUGGCCGAAAACGGCUUUGUUAUCUCCCAGGUGUGUGCCGAUAUGUGGCUCGAGGAGGAGUCGAGGUUGCAAAAAAUCAACAAGCACGACGAAAACCUCCGUAUUUUCCUGCCAAACGACAACUUCACGGCCCCGCGCAAGGGCCAGCUGCUCACCAACAAGCCGUUCGCGGCCACGCUGCGUCGCAUAGCCCAACACGGCAAACGUGGCUUCUACGAGGGCCCCGUCGCAGAGGCCAUUGUGCGUGAGCUGCAGUCACGUGACCACGUAAUGACGGCGGCGGAUCUGGCCGCGCACGCGACGCUGUUUGUGGACCCGAUCUGCGUGCCCGUGCUGGGGCACAAGAUCUGGGAGAUCCCGCCCAACGGGUCGGGCAUCAUUGCUCUGCUGGCGCUGGGUUAUAUCAGCCAGCUGGACAAGGACGGAGUUAUAAAUUUGCGCGCCAUGCAGCAUAACUCGGCCGAGUACCUGCAUGUGGUGAUCGAGUGUCUCAAGCUUGCGUUCAGGGACUCGGACGAGCACGUCCACGACUACGAGCAUUACCGGCGCGCCACGGGGGUCGAUCUUGCAGGCCAGCUCAAAGACCUUCUGCACCCUUCUUUUUUCAAGCAGCGCAUAGCACAUUUCUCCAAGGACUCUGUGUUGGAUAACCGGAAAAUCAAGCACGGUGUGCCAGACCCGGCGAUGCGGUCCGACACCGUCUACUUCACGGUCACCGACAGCGACGGCAACGCGUUCUCGUUCAUAAACUCCAUCUACAGCCAUUUUGGCAGUGCCAUUGUGGUUCCUGAGCACGGCUUUAUUCUGCAGAACCGGGGAGAUAACUUUAGUUUGAAUCCGGAGUCGAAAAAUUGUCUCGCCGGCAGCAAGAGAACGUACCACACAAUCAUCCCCAGCAUGAUCACCACGCCUGCCGGGUCGCGCGAGGAGCUGUAUGCCAGUUUUGGCAUCAUGGGCGGCUUCAACCAGCCGCAGGCACACGUCCAGGUGUACUUGAACAUGGUGCUAUUUGGAAUGGAUCCGCAGCAGGCUCUGGAUGCGCCGCGGUUUUGCAUGACACCGCACAAGGAUUACAAACACACAGACUUGGGGCUGGGCGCUAAUGGGCCGGUAUGCGCUCAAGUUACCACAGUAAACAUCGAGGAGGGAGUGCCCGAGGAAAAUAUUAGUCAGCUCCGAAAUUUGGGGCACGAUAUUAUCGUGCUACGGGACAGAAAACGCACGCUUUGCGGCCGGGGCCAGGUGAUUCGGCGCGAGCAGAGCGCAGGCAAGCGUGUGUACGCUGGAGGCAGCGACCCGCGCGGCGACGGCGCCUCUGUAGCGUUCUUCUGA